AUGAACGUUAAAGUGAUGGAUGCUCUUGUCUAUUUGGAACAAACUUCGGAGCGAAGUGAAAAGGAGAAAUUGGACAUGCUGUUCGUGGACCUAGCUGGUCCCGUACAUGAGUCUGGCCUCAGCUGUCCACCAGCCAUUUUCUUGACUGAUACUGUCCUUUGCAAUAUGAAGAACUCAUUGACUUCAAAUGGUGUGAUAGCUAUGAAUCUGGUUACAAGAGAUGAAGAAGUGGCGCAUAAGGCAAAACGUUCUCUGGCCGAUCAUUUUCCUACUCUGUUCAGUAUUCGCUCCGAAGAAGAUGUUAAUGAGGUGCUGAACGUUCAUUUAGCAAACUACACACUCACCUCCGAAGAGGGUCCUUGUCAUGUAGCAGUUGCGUGUCGUCUCCAUUGCGCAAUCGUGCACAAGAACAGACUUGUGGGUCAAUGA